UAAUUAUAUCGACAGCGUUCGUGGCUGUUUUAUUAACAUCAGCAGUGACAUACAUCUUGAAACCGGUGAAGAUUUCCUUGACAGCGUCCAGUGGGAUGAGAUUUGCUUAUAAAGACGAAGACAGUCAAGUGAGUCUUGUCGCCUUCCACUACAGUAUUAACAAACCGCUGAUAGCAACAGACGCCGGAGACUACAAUGUUGACAUCACAGCUCGGGAACCAGGGGCUGGUGCGUUUGUAGAAGUAAAUAAUGACGUCAUAUUACAACCUGGUGACGUAGUAAAUUAUUGGUAUUACGUCGUACGAGGAAGCCGGGCGUACCAAAAGCUCGAUCUAUCUUGGACAGUGCCAGCGGGUCCGACUUCUCCGUCGACUACAGUGGCGGCACCUCCCGGUGAAGCUCCGACAACUCCAGCCACCACAGGGGCUCCGCCCACCAGUGAAGGUCCCCCCGACCGCUGCGCCACCUAUCCAUGUUUAAUAUUUGAAGACAACUUCGAUACUUUGGACCUGACGUGGCAGUGUCGUUGUAAUAUCAGCCUUGUAUUCCGCCCAGGUCCCCCCGACCGCUGCGCCACCUAUCCAUGUUUAAUAUUUGAAGACAACUUCGAUACUUUGGACCUGAGCACGUGGGAACACGAGAUUACGGCGGGAGGAGGAGGGAACUGGGAGUUCCAGUACUACACUAACAACAGGUCGAAUACCUACGUCAGAGACGGCGUAUUAUUCAUAAAACCAACGCUCACUGCAGAUAAGUUUGGAGAAGCGUUUCUGUCCUCAGGACGGUUAGAUCUGUGGGGUUCAGGGCCCGCUGAUCGGUGUACGGGCAACGCGUUCUACGGCUGUGAACGCCAUGGUAACGCUAAUAACUAUAUUAAUCCCAUCCAAUCAGGGCGACUGAGGACGGCACACAGCUUUGACUUCCGGUACGGUAGAGUGGAGUUAGAAGCUAAAAUGCCGACCGGAGACUGGAUAUGGCCAGCCAUAUGGAUGUUACCCACCAACCAGGCCUACGGUUCCUGGCCAGCGUCCGGGGAAAUCGACAUCGUAGAAUCACGUGGUAACAUGUUUCUAAGGAACGGAGCAGCGUCCGUCGGGGUGGACACAGUGACGUCAACAUUACACUGGGGGCCGUAUGUCCAACUGAACGAUUUUUUCCGCACCACAAGCAGUGUCACAUCGCAGUCAGGGACGUUUGGUACCGGUUUUCACACUUACGUUUUGGAAUGGGACGAAAAGAGCAUCAGGUCCUCCGUUGACGGCAUUGAACUUCUCAGUGUUAGCCCCGGGGAGGGUGGAUUUUGGGAGAUGGGAGACUUCGCCGCCAGGGCCCCGGGGAUAGAUAACCCCUGGGGCACUAACGCCCCCAAUCGCCGCAUGUCCCCUUUCGAUCAGGAGUUCCAUCUCAUAAUGAACGUUGCCGUUGGGGGGACGAACGGUUUCUUUAGCGACGGCUGGACGAACGGCGUCUCUCCCAAGCCCUGGCGUAACACCUCGCCUACGGCUACGCGGGACUUUUGGCAGGCGAAGGACGCUUGGUACCCUACGUGGGUCGGCGAGGAGGCCGCCAUGCAGGUAAACUAUGUCCGCGUCUGGAAGGAGAAACCUGAUCCUACACAAUGACAUCGUGGACGGUUUUAUUCAUUGGAUUCAAAAAUGAUCUGAAUAUAUGCGUCAAUACUAGUCAUUUUCCAGACGUGAAGUAAGCAUGAGUUAGUUAAGAAGGAAUCGUGUGUUUGCAGGACAGGUUAAUUUGGGAGUGAAGUUUACCGGUGGCAAAGACUGGUGGUAGGUGCACUUCCCUCUGCAGUUAACUUUGAGGGGGGAGGGGGGGGCUGGUGUUAUUCCAUAUGAUGGUUUGCUGUUAGUGUGUCUUUGCCUCUACUUUGUAAUCACCUCUAGUCUAGGGAUAGGUUAUCAACAAAAUGGAAAUCAUCUAAAUAAUAAACUAUUCAGUGUAAGUUGUACUUACAGACAUUUACUGUUGUUAAGUGCCAUAUUAUUACGUAUAUGAUAAACGCACAGACUGUACACGCACCAGCAGAAGCCGGUUUAUCAUUUACAAUAAAAAUUUUAGCAUUUUGAUGAAUUAAUUAAGCCUCUGUAUGAAAGUACAUGUACUUUGUACAGGUAUUUGCUGAUAAAUCCUCCACAUCUUUGUUCUACACAGAGCUGUUCACUAGGAAUAUAUCUUUUAUUUUUCUACACAGAGCUGUUCACUAGGAAUAUAUCUUUUAUUUUAAGGGUGGUAAUCAAACCACCAAUUUAAACAACAAAGGAGAUCAAAAUAGUAUUUAAGAAUCACAUCACCGUUCUUACCAAAAAUGUGAUGGAAUAUUUGCCGAAUGUUUGUUUACAUUUCAUUGCUUUUAUGUUUGACUUCAUUAAAAAAUGAGAUUUUUACGUUGGUAAAAGAAACAGGUGUAUAUACAUGAUAUAUGAGUGGCAGAUGUUGGUUUUAUUACCUUGAAGAAAAGGGCGUGGGUUUUAGUUUUAUUGGAUGGAAAAAAGGUUGGACAUAUAUAUAUAUUUGAUACUAUUGACAAUAAAAACAUUGUGUUUUAAUUAUAGAAUAAAGUGUUGUUGUUGAAAGCUUUGUAUUAAGCUGAAUGUGAAUAAGGAAUACACGAAGUACAUGUCUCCAUUAUAUUUUCACUUUCUAGCUAGUAAAUUUCAUAUGACCUGUAUUGAACAAGCAGCAUGUUGUCUGCAAUAUUUAACUCAGCGGGACAAUAUACAAUGUAUUCUUGGGUGGAAUCUAAUAAAAUGAACGUCUGUCUUUUGAUUAUGUAA